UUUCCGUAUUUCAGAGAGUUUGUCAACAUUAGAGACUACCGGUGGUUAAAAAUCGAUCGUGCGGUAUGAGGGGGAGAUCAACCAUCAGAGCAGACUGCAGGAUAUGAAGACAGCUGAGAUAGAGUGACACAUAACAGACCUCCCACAACAAAAUGAAUUGUGAGAAAGAGGAGGGUCUGGAUGACCAGGAGAGGAACAACAGCCUGGACCAAAAGGACCCAGAUCCUCCUCCAAUUAAAGAGGAAAAGAAGGAACUCUGCAUCAGUCGAGAGGGAGAGCAGCUUGUAGUGAAGCAGGAAGCUGAAGACAUCAUCGUCUGGACCGGGGAAGAACAGCUCAGACUCCUGGAUAACAUGUGGAAACCAGAAAUAAACUUACGCAGCACAGAUUUCCCACAACAGCAUGACUGUAAAGAGGAGGUUCUCACAGACAAGCAGGACUUUAAUCAAGAGAUGAACUCAAGUAUAAACAAUGAUGACCCUUCACAGAUGAAAGAGGAACAGAAGGAACUCUGCACCAGUCAAAAGGGAGAGCAUCUUGUACUGAAGCAGGAAGAAAGCAAGCAUGUGGAAUCAACUAGAAAUGCAGAGCUGAAGAAAAGACCUCAGAUAAACAGAAAUAAGCGACUGUCGCGUAAAUCUGAAACAUGUGAAAACUCUGUAAAAUGUGACAUUUGUGGAAAAACCUUUUACUAUAAAUCCUCUUUGACAAGACAUCUAAGAGUUCAUAAAGGUGAGAGGCCACAUUCUUGCAGCACCUGUGGGAGAGGAUUUAGUCAGAUGAUAAACUUGAAAAGUCACAUGAGAGUCCACACAGGUGAGAAGCCAUAUUGUUGUAGCACCUGUGGGAAAACAUUUAGUUUCUCAUCACCCUUCAGAAGCCACCUUAGAAUUCACACAGGUGAAAAGCCACAUUUGUGUGGCACCUGUGGAAAAAAAUUCUACAAGAAAUCAGAUUUGGAAAGUCAUAUAAAAGUUCACUCGGAUGAAAAGCCCCAUUCUUGUAGCAUGUGUGGUAAAAGAUUCAAGCAUAUGAUAAACUUGAAAGUUCACAUGAGAAUUCACACAGGUGAGAAGCCUUAUUCUUGUAGGAUCUGUGGGAGCAGUUUCAGAAAGAAAUCAUCACUGGAAUGUCACGUAAGGAGUCACACAGGCGAGAAACCAUUUGCUUGCAGCAUCUGUGGGAAAGGAUUCACCCAGACACCAAAUUUAAAAAUUCACAUGAGAAUCCAUACAGGUGAGAAACCAUAUUUAUGUAGCACAUGUGGGAAAAGCUUCAUUAGCUCAUCAGAGUGCAAAAAACACAUGAGAAUCCACACGGGUGAAAAACCAUAUUCUUGUAACACAUGUGCGAAAAAAUUCACUUAUAAAUCAGGACUAGAAACUCACAUGAAAAUUCACACAGGUGAGAAGCCUCAUUCUUGUAGCACCUGUGGGAAAAGCUACGCUACAAUGGUAUACUUGAAAAUUCACAUGAGAAUACACACAGGUGAGAGGCCAUAUUGUUGUACUACAUGUGGAAGAAGAUUUAGUAAUUUAACAGGAUUCAAAAAUCACAUGAAAAUUCACUCAGGUGAGAAGCGACAUGCUUGUAGCACCUGUGGGAAAGGUUUCAUUCAGCUGCAAAACCUGAAAAGGCAUAUGAGAACUCACACAGGUGAGAGGCCAUUUUCUUGUAGCACCUGUGGGAAAGGAUUUUGUGGCCUGUCCGGUUUAAAAAGACAUAUGACAGUACACACAGGUGAGAGGCCGUAUUCUUGUAGCACCUGUGGGAAAUCAUUUAGAGAAUUAUCAACAUUGAAAACUCACAUGCGAAUUCACACAGGUGAGAAGCCAUAUUCGUGUGGCACCUGCGGGAAAAGUUUCAUUCAGUUGGCACAGUUGCAAAACCACCUGCGAAUUCACACAGGCGAGAAGCCAUAUUUGUGUAGUACCUGUGGGAAAAGAUUCCGUAAUGUUACGAACAUGAAAUCUCACAUGACAAUUCACAUGACGACUGGUUAAAUGUUUCCUGUUUAAGAAAUGUGUCAGUGUAGCAUGUGUGUUAAUAGUAGAGCGAGCAAUGACAGUGCAAAUCACACCUGUGGGAUAAAAUAUGAUUAUCCCACAGGUAUUAUUCAGCUCAAUACGGCAUAUAUUUAUUUUACACAAUAACUAACUGUAACAAUUGUUUAUUCUAUUAAUUGUCUUAUUCAUAUGAUGCAGGGGAAACUCUGGUUUUAUAUUUGUCUGACUUCAUAUUUUUAUUGUUUUAGGCUGUAGAGGUGACAAGCACAAGUUGUAGAUAAACUUGUUCCACUAAACAGCUUUGUUAUAGAGAAAGAAGCUUAUAUAAGUUUUUUUUUUUGUCACUUGUUGCUUAUUAUGGCAAAUAUUUAAUUUCUCUGUUGUUCAGAGGUUUCACUGCACAAUAUUAAAAGCAGGGACGUGUCACACAGAAGACACAAAUAUAUCAUUAUGAACUUGAUGUUCAUUUUCAUGAAAAUUAAACUUCAGAAGAUGCUGAAGGGUUUUGAGUUUUAUAAGGUUUAAAUAAAGAUGUGUUUUAAACUCA